GCCGCCUUCGUAGCAAUGGCUGCAACAGGGAACAACACAAGAAGCAUAUCGGAGCGCUUUAGCUGACCGGGGAGAACGUAAAUCACCGGGGCAGCCCCUCCUAAGCGGAUGGGUAGAGGGGGUCUCGCCAUAAGACACAAGAAACGAAAGAGAGACUCAGGAGGGGGAAAGGAGGAGGAGGAGGAGGAGUAGGGGGUAAAAGGAAAGCUAACAUUACCUCGACGGGCUAGCGCUUUAGCUGCCUAUCAAACACGGGUGUCACUGCCGGGAGGGGGGGGGACAAACCCAAACCCCGAGUAUCCGUGACAACCUGCGGGGAGAGAGGGGCGCAGGAGGCGGCGAGGAGACGCACGAGACCACCGGGGAGUCUCUAAACAUGAGCGGACCCGGGCAGGACAGCGAGCCAGAGGCGAAAGUCCUUCUCAUCAAGAGGCUUUACAGGGCGGUGGUGGAGUCUGUGCACAAGCUGGAUGUCAUCAUCGGCAGCAAAGCGUCCUACAGAGAGGUCUUCAAGCCGGAGAACAUCAGCCUUCGCAACAAGCUGAGAGAGCUUUGUGUGAAACUGAUGUUCCUCCACCCGGUCGACUACGGCCGUAAGGCUGAGGAGCUGCUCUGGAGGAAAGUUUACUAUGAGGUCAUCCAGGUUAUCAAGACCAACAAGAAGCACAUUCACAGCCGCAGCGCUUUGGAGUGCGCCUACCGAACGCACCUGAUCGCCGGCGUGGGUUUCUACCAGCAUCUGCUGCUCUACAUCCAGUCACACUACCAGCUGGAGCUGCAGGACUGCAUCGACUGGACCCACGUCACAGACCCGCUGAUCGGCCGAAAGAAACCAGUGUCAGCCACCCCCAAGGAGAUGGAGUGGGCACAGAUGGCCUGUCAUCGCUGUCUGGUCUACCUGGGAGAUCUAGCCCGUUAUCAGAAUGAACUUGCGGGAGUGGAGGCUGAGCAGCUGGCAGAGAGGUUUUACCAUCAGGCCCUUUCUGUCAUGCCACACGUAGGAAUGCCUUUUAACCAACUGGGCACACUGGCGGGAAGCAAGUUCUACAACGUUGAAGCAACCUACUACUACCUGCGCUGCAUCCAGUCAGAGACUCCAUUUGAGGGCGCCUACGGCAACCUGAAGCGCCUGUUUGACAAAGCCGCCAAGAUGUACCACCAAGUGAAGAAGCAGGAAAUGAAGAAGCUGUCUCCAUCUCGACAAAGAUCAAAAGACAUUAAGCGUCUCCUGGUGAGCUUCAUGUACCUCCAGAGCUUGUUGCAGCCCAAGAACAGUCUGAUGGAGACGGAGUUGACGUCACUUUGCCAGUCGGUGCUGGAGGAUUUUAACCUGGUGCUGUUUUAUCUGCCGCCGCCAACACACGGUGGCGCUCACCACUCCCCCAGUGAGGAGGAAGAGGAGCAGCAGCAGCACGCUGACAGCUCCUGCCCCGUGCUGCCUGACACUCUGGUCUUCAAGAUGGUGGUCACAUGUCUGAUGGUGGUGCACAGCCUGAAGAGGGGAGGAUCCAAGCAGUACAGCGCAUCCAUAGCUUUUACUCUGGCCCUGUUCUCCCAUCUGGUGAACCACGUGAACAUCCGGCUGCAGGCUGAAUUGGAGGAAGCGGAGAGCCAGGUGCCUCCACUAAACACUGACGCCACAGAUGACCUGGAGAUGAGGGAUAUGUCAGCUCCACCUGCAGACUGCGCCGAUGAGAAGCCUCUUCAGAAUGGCUCCCUGGAGCAAGAAGAGGAGGAGGAGGAGAAGGAUGAAGACGGCUGUGAGAGGGUUGGCGCCAAAAAGCAGGUCAGCGUGGAAGAACAGUGCAAGCUGGAUAUGGAUAAACAGAGGCAGAAGAAGAAGUACACCCGCCUCUCCAGACUGCGCAGACGCCGCUGUGCCCGCAAGGACGGUCGAGGAGAGGAUGAAAGCGACCUGAGCGAAGGCUUCGAGAGCGAAGAUGACGAAGAUGACGACGACCACAGGAGGGGCCAUGUUGAUUCAACGGGUGGCGCCUCGACCGGAGCCCUGCCCAAUCCUUCCUCUCUCCGCAAAGAGACGAAGAGAGACCACCUGGGGGAAGAGGGCAGCUGGGGGAGUGGCUCAGAGGAGGAGGAGGAGGAAGGAGGAACGGCGUUUGAUGUAGAGACUGAUUCAGACAUGAACAGCCAGGAGUCUCGAUCAGACCUGGAAGACAUAGAAGACACGGAAAACUCAGACAACUUGGAGGGUCAGGCUCGGGAACACCAGGACGAAGAGGAGGAUGAAGAUCAACCUAAGGAAGAAGGAGGGUACAGGGACGGCGAUACCCCUCCGACCACCAACGGGCCCCUCACGCCCAGCGACCCCAGCAUCAGCAGUAACCUUCAGGCCAUGUCCUCACAACUCUUCCAGGCCAAGCGCUGCUUCCGCCUGGCGCCAACCUUCAGCAACAUGCUGCUGAGGCCUCAAGCCUCAUCUUCCUCGGGUAUUCCCACCCCUACUGACACUUCUGCUCCCCCUUCCCAAGAGACACCCCCUCCUCCUGGGGAUUCCCCCUGCGACAUCAACCCUGGCACUGCCAACGGAACCAGUGAAAAUGACUUGGACUCUGAUUCAGAAGGCAGCCAACACAGUACUCAAUCAGUCCACAGUGAGAAAACGCUCUUAGAGAAGCUCGAGAUCCUGACCAAUCAAGGGUUGAUCCAGGUGGUGAAGGUCUUCGUGGACUGGCUGAGGACAAACACUGACAUUAUCCUCAUGUGUGCGCAGAGUUCUCAAAGCCUGUGGAACCGACUGUCUGUGCUGCUCAACCUGCUACCAGAUGGCAGCAAGAUGCUGGAAGCUGAGCUCGGUCUGAACUCAGAGGUGACUGAGAUGUUGAAUGAAUGUGAGCAGCCCGGUUUGGUCCAGAGUCUGCUGCUGCCUGAGGACUUGGCUCUGCGGCACCUGCCUGCUCUCAACGUAGCUCACCGCCGCCUUGACUUCACUCGCCGCAACCCGUCCCUCAGUGCGCUGCAAGAGUGUGUGGUGCGAGUGUGUUGUAUUCGCAGUUUUGGGCACUUCUUAACCAAUCUCCAGGGCAACGUGUUGCACUUCAACCCGGAGGCGGGCAUCUUCACCAGCAUCAGCCAAUCUGAGCAGGAUAAUCUGGUGCAACAGGCCAAGGCCCAGUUCCGAAUGGCUGAAGAGGAGGCUCGUCGAAAUCGUUUAAUGAGGGAUAUGGCCCAGCUUCGAUUACAGCUGGAGGUAUCGCAGCUAGAGGGCAGCCUUCAGCAGCCUAAGGCCCAGUCGUCCAUGUCUCCCUACCUGGUGCCAGACACAGCUGCUCUCUGCCAGCAUCUCAACCUCAUCCGGCAGCUGGCCGGCAGCGGAUGCUUCAUAAUCAUCAUCCCACGAACAGUGAUUGAUGGACUUGACAGACUGAAGAAGGAAAAUGCUGGUGCGAGGGACGGCAUCCGCUUCCUGGAGUCUGAAUUUCGCAAAGGCAACAGGUACAUACGCUGCCAGAAAGAGUCGGGUCGAAGUUUUGAGAGAGAUAAACUGAAAAGGCAGGACAUAGAAGCCUGGCAUUUAUACAGGAUGGUGGAUAGCUGUCGUCAGUUAACCGUCUCCCAGAGCAACGGAGAUGAAGAUACAGCUGGCAUGGUGACCAUUCUUACUGGUCAUCAAGUGGAAGAGCUUUGCACUCGAUCAGCAGCAAUGAAGUCGGCAAUCCAGGUGGUGGGCUCGGCGGGAAUGGAGCUGAAGAACAUCGUGGAGUUCUACCGGCAGUGGAAGGAGAUUGGCUGAGAGGUCAAAGGGGGGCAGCUGUUGGUGCUGCUGAAACAGCUGAUCGAUCACAACACUCGCUCCCUCUCUCUCUCUCCCACUCUUUUGCUCUGUGUGUAUCUGCGUCUUCAAAAGGCAAAAAAACAACUCAAAAGAAAGAUGGAUCAAAAGAAAGAGUUAAAGCUUUAGAGGGCUGAAAAAGUAAAAUACAGUGGAGGAAUAAAAAAAGAGGAAAAAGUGGGCGAUAAAACGGCGCUAUAAGAAACAGCAGAUCUCCCACCUCCCACCUCCCCAAUCCUAAACAUAAAGAGUGACCCAUAGUGGUCGGGGUGAGGAAAAACGGUGGGGGGGGGAACGCGACACAACUUUUAAGUGCCACUGGUUCACACCCUAACCAGGAAUACACUGUAUAUGUUAGCAAAAUGAGUACAUACAUGUCGAGAGAGAAACCGCACACACACACACACACACACACAUACCGCAUAUAAAACACAUUCACGCUCAGAUGAAUCCAUAAUAGAUAUUUAGAGCAGUGGUUUGGAUUUCCCGUUUCCCUUCCUCCCCUUUCCCUUCAGUCUGUAUUUGAGAAACAGGGUCAAGAAACGUGCGAGUCUGGUAGGGCUGCGUUUUGUAAAGUCCGAGGGUGUAUGACGUCAACUUUUUUGAGAUAGAGAAAAAAACACACUCUGUCCACCUGACACCCGAAAGCUUCUUCCAGCCUUCCGAAAAAUCAAACCAGGGUCUCGUAGCUUCUUAGCCCUCUUAGUUAAAGGGUUGAGGAAGACAGAUGUACACUUCUCCGGGAUUGGUUUCUUUCCUAUGUGGCUUUUUUUUUUUUUUUUUUUUUUUUAAUUUUAUUUUAUUUUAUGAUUUUUUUGCUGUGUUCUUUUGUGACCAGUGACUUAUGUAUUGUGAUAUCUCUGUAUGAGAAGAGAAAAGGAAAAAAAAAAAAAAUCAAAAAAACUAAACACACAUUCACACAACAGGUGUUUUUCUCUCUUCUGUUAAAAGGUUUUAAUUUGGAUUUUAUUUUUGUACCCAAAUGAUGUUGUUUAUUUUGCUUUUUUUUUGUAAGCUCAAGCUGAAUGAAAUAUGCAAGAAUGUUUAAGGGAAAGGGUUGUUGUCGUGCGUUGAUCCACUGAACAAGUCCUUCAGUUUCUGAAAAAGGAAAAAAAAAACAAAAAAACAACUAUAAUCAGAAUUUAUUUAUCAAAGGUGUCAUGUUAGAAGGAGGAGAGGAGGAGGAGGAGGAGGGACUUUAGGAGGCUGAUUAGCUUCACGUUGUAGCUAGUCAGCGAGGAG